AUGAUUAGUAAAAAUAUUGGUAGAAAUAUUCAUAUGACUACACUUCAAAAUGCAAUUAAUGAUUAUAAAAAAGGCAAGAAAAUUUGUGGACAGGCUACAUAUUAUCUUGCGCUUUGUUUAAUUAAUGGACAAGGUGUUGAACGGGAUAUAGAUGCUGCUUUAAGUAUCGCAAAUGGUCUAGAAGAAAACAAAAAAUACGAAGAUGCUUGGAAUAUUUAUUCAGAACUAACCAAGGAUGAUGAAAUAAAAUUACUUAAAAUGGCGAAUUGCUACUUAACAGGAAAAGUCGAAAAAGAUGAACGUCUUGUUUUAAAUACUGGAUUUAAUCUUUAUAAUAAGAGAAAAUAUAAAGAAGCAUUUAAUAUUUUUUCAAAACUUAUUUCGAGCAAAAAUGAGGAAAUAAGUUUUCAGGCCAGGUGUAUAAUUGCAUGUUAUCAUUUGUAUGAAUAUAAUGGCAUUAAAAAAGAUAAAAGUCAAGCUUAUCAACUUAUCAUUAAAGGUCAAAAGUGGUGA